CCUGUCUCGGUGAGCAUACUGCGAGCACUUCACGCAGUGGAGGGCACCACAUCGCCGCAUCUCAAAAACCCCACGCAUGCGAGCCACUUCCCCGUGUUUUAUUGCUCCCGGUCUUGAUUAUAUAUUUUGCAAACGGCAUACCGGUCUGUCAUUAUCUUCCUUUAAGCCGAAUUGGUUCCAGUUUGAUCGGUCAAGCGUCGGCGCCCCUCUCGGUCUGGAUCCUAUCUUGGGGCGCAUCGACCCAUUUAAUACAACCAAAUGUACGUAAUAAAACUCUUUGAAAAAGAGGGUUCGCGCGGUGAUAGUGAAUUUCCCCGGACGACGACACGGGGAUGCGUUAGUGCCUGACACCACUCCACUGUCAUCUGAUUACUAUCAGGUCUCUCUGUCUCGUCUCGAACGCCGCGUCCUAGUGAUGGGUUACCGGUACGAAUACACAGACCGUACGGCGUAGAGUUGAGACUCUGAGAAAGCCAAGAUAAUUUACUGGGACCGAGGCCAGCCAAACCUAGACAGACGCGCGCCCUACAGACAAACUAGGUACGGCAUUCCGAAUCCUGCAGUCUGCACUCUGCAGACGAGCGAGUCAGGCCCCGAACGUUUCCGCCAGCCGUGAUUGGGACGAUGGCAGACCGCGCUGUGUAGCCUGCGUGCCUGCGUUCAGGUUGGGGGACUUGGAUCCGGGGCUGGGUUCUUUGUCGGGGUUCUACCCGCUUUCUGUGCAUCUUCUCCUGCAAUGGCACCGCAAAUCAUCCCGCCAUGCUCCUUGUUUGAUGGGAAAGGUACGGAACAUGGACAUGCCAACCCGGAGCUAAGCAGGCCUUCAGGGCUUCUGCUGCCGCGUUCCUCGAGGAAGCUACACACCUUUUCGGCGUGGCCGCCGGCAGACACAAGCAGUACAGAGCCGUCAGUCUUGUCAGAACGCGGUCGUUUGUCGGCAGUAAUUGGAGCUAAGCCCCAAGUUUUCGCCUCUCACCCGCGCUUCUCCAAGGGUCUUUUCGGUCUUUUGGGUGCUUCAGCCAACCAUCAACUCGACGUCUAUCGGAUAAUGGGGGGGCUUCUUCCUGGUUCUCAUGGCCGAAUCCGACGUCGGAUGUCGCUCGACCCAUUGCCAAGAUAUUAGGAUAUGGUCUGGCUCAUGACCAAAGGCUUGCGGCUUGCGGCUUGAGGCCUUAGAUUCUGGAGAGACUUGGAGACAAGCUUACAACCUAAAGCACGUCAGCCCGACGCCAACUGGGAAGAACUGAAGGGAGCGAAAGGCGCGAAAAGUCUCAGCAAAUGCUUGAUGCGUGGGCCGCCCAAUCGACGACUGCCGGGGAUUUUCUGGGCCCCUUGUUCUACCCAGUACCAUCUGUUCCACCAAGUCUCCUCUUUCGGAUCAGUGGCUAUCGUCGGCAGCAGAUUCAGAUUUCGUCUUACCCCAAUGCUUGAGGUGAUUCUCAUCUUAUGGCCUGCCGUUGGCCCGUUGCUGCAAUGCUUCGACCAGGCGCGGAAUUCGGAUGUGUACGCCAGUGGAACCCUCGGACGGCUAAUCGUAAACGUGGGAAUGGGGGCAUCUUCAUCGGGUAUGGAUCAUAGAAACGCGUCAAGAUGCUCUCAACGAGAUGACUUUCUCUCCGUUAUCGUCGGUAUCGUCCGCUCUGACGUUGCCUCCCUUACCCCCAAGCAGGGAUGCUUCCUCCUCGCUCUCCUCGAGUCUCCUCCCCCCCGCGUCCACACUACUGAUCGCCCCAGCCAGCUGCCAACCAUCCCCCGGCGCGGUUUGCUUAUCUCUGCGGGGCUCCCUAUUAGAUGGGGCACUUGGGCCCGUCCGUUGGUCUUGUCUAUCACGACCCGAGUAAGUCGCAUACUUACACACAUACCCAGUGGUAAUACCUCCGUAACGCUCCGUAUUGGCUUGUUUCUCUCCCAGGAACCGGGAGACGUCAGAUGAAGGUUGGCAAGCUAACCAUGGAGGGGAAGGGGGGCCGCCAGACGCAAGGUAGCGUCGGGCCAGGGGCACGCAGCGAACUCAUCUAUAUAGAAUAACUGCCCUCCUCCUUCGUCCAGGUUGCUGAGUUGUGUUUCAGUCGCAUCCCAUUCGAUCUGCUCGGCGUCUCUGAGAGUGGUACUACCCGACCUCAGCCAGCAAAUAUCUCUACUUGCACGACUUGUGUUUUUAGACAGUCGGACGUCGGAUCACCGGAAGAAAAAGACAACAACAGAUCUUACCGUCACCCGCCCAACAUGGCUUCCGGGAUGGAAGAAAAGACUGUCGGCCUCAGCCGUGCUGACAGCACCAACAGCAACAAGCUCGGGACUGUCAUGUCUGGCACCAAUGCUGCUGUUGCUCAACAAUAUGGCGAGACUCAGCGCGGUCUCAGCCCUCGCCAUGUCCAGCUCAUGGCUAUCGGAGGUUCCAUUGGUACCGGUCUUUGGGUCGGUAUUGGUGGUGUCUUAUCCAAGGCCGGCCCUCUCUCUCUCGUUCUCGGCUACACUUUCUGGGGUCUCCUUUUCAUCUGGCCGCUUAACUUGUCUGUCGCCGAAAUGUGCGCCUACCUGCCCAUUCGCGGUACCAUCUUCGAACUCGCCUCUCGCUUUGUUGACCCUGCUCUCGGUUUCGCCAUGGGAUGGACAUACUUCUUCGCCGGUCUCAUGUUGGUGUGUACGGAAUACAGCGCUGUCGCAACAGUCAUUCAAUACUGGAACGCGGAUAUCAACCCAGCUGCCUGGAUUGCCGUGGCCAUGGUCUCCUGUGUGGCAGUCAACUUGGUUGCAGUCAAGUACUACGGAGAAUCCGAGUUCAUCAUGGCUUCGACAAAGGUCAUCCUGCUGAUCGGCUUGUGCCUCAUCACCCUCAUCACCAUGUCCGGCGGCAACCCUAUGAACGACGCCUACGGAUUCCGCAACUGGGGUGACGGCAACUACAUCCACGCCUACUUUACCGACGGGUCGACAGGAAGGUUCUUGGGAUUCUGGAAAGUUGUCAUCUACGCCGCCUUCACCAUUGCCGGUCCCGACAUGAUCGCCCUCGCCGCUGGUGAGAUCCAGAACCCCCGCCGCACCAUCCCCCGCGUCGCCAAGCUCAUCUUUUACCGCCUUGUCGGUUUCUACGUUGUCGGUGUUCUGUGUGUCGGCAUCAUCUGCAGCUCCCGCGACCCUGGCUUGCUCGGCGCCAUUGAGAGCGGCGAGCCCGGUGCUGGUGCUUCUCCUUGGGUUGUUGGUAUCAAGAACCUCCACAUCAAGGCUCUUCCCGAUAUCAUCAACGCCUUCAUUCUCCUCUCUGGAUGGUCCUGCGGUAACGCUUACCUCUACUCGACUUCCCGCACUCUCUACGGUCUCGCCCGCGACGGACAGGCCCCCAAGUUCCUCCUCAAGUGCACCAAGGCCGGUGUUCCCAUCUACUCCGUCCUUGUCGUCACCGUCAUCUCCUGCAUCACCUUCCUUGUCUCGUCAAACAGCGCCGUCGAUGUCUUCUUCUGGUUCGUCGACUUGACCACCACCGCCCUGAUCAUGACCUACACCUUCAUGCUCAUCACCUACAUGGGCUUCUACCGCGCCCGCAUGGCGCAGAACUUCCCUCCCGAGACGCUCCCCUACCUGUCUCCUUGGACCCCGUACUUCCCCGGUCUGGCUCUGCUUUUGGGCAUCCUGGCUCUCAUCUUUGUCGGUUUUGAUAACUUCUAUCCCUUCAGCGUGAGAGGCUUCAUCACCUCCUACUUUGGUCUCAUCUUUGGCGUCGUCACCUUUCUCAUCUGGAAGGUUCUGAAGAGGACCCGCUUCGUCCACCCCAAGGAGGCAGAUCUCAUCAGCGGAAAGGCCGAGGUUGAUGCCGAGUGCCGUCACUGGGAGGAGGGUGGCAUCGAGGAGGUGGAGAGAGCGAGACUGGCUGAGAUGUCUUUCGUCAGGAGAACCUGGGAAAAGAUGUGGUAAAAGCUGCUGGUAGCAUAACGAU